UCUUUCUUUCUCACAUUUCUCACCCAAAGAGAGGAGAAAGAGAAGAGGGAGAGAGAAGAAAGGGAAGAAAGAGGGGAGAGGAUUUCAAGGUACUGAUUCCUCCCGACCCUUCUCCACCUCAAUCCCAGCCGUCCAUCUUAACAUCGGACGUUUCCCUUUUCUCUCUCUCUCGUUCGCUCGUUCGCACCUUAUCUACCGUCCGAUCAUCUGCCCUUCCCAAUCCCCUUCCGAGGCCAUGCGGAAAGGGAGAGGAACCGCAACCGCAGCGCCAACAACCACACCCCAACCACCAACGGCCGUCGGAUCCGGGUUACCAGCACUGAAAGAGACCCGCUUCCGCGGCGUACGGAAGCGGCCGUGGGGAAGAUUCGCAGCGGAGAUCAGAGACCCGUGGAAGAAGACCCGAGUCUGGCUCGGUACUUUCGACUCGGCCGAGGACGCUGCUCGAGCUUACGACACCGCCGCCCGAGCACUCCGCGGACCCAAGGCAAAAACCAAUUUCCCAAUCUACCCUUCCCCUCCUUUCCCGAAUCUACCCUUCCAUCCUCACCCCCACCACCCUCACCCCCAUCAGCGGCCCACCAGCAGCAGCCACAGCAGUACCGUUGAAUCCUUCAGCGGCCCAAAGAUCUCAACCCCACCUGCGGUCUCUGCCCAUCGACGACACCCCCCGCCACCUCCCGACGACUGCCGGAGCGACUGUGACUCUUCGUCUUCCGUCGUUGACAACGACGACCAUGGCGACAUGGCUUCUUCGUCGUUCCGCAAACCCUUACCGUUCGAUCUCAACGUCCUUCCUGCUGCCGACGACACCGACGAUUUUCACUCCACGGCUCUCUGCCUCUGAUUCUGAUUAUGAGAUAAGAUGAGCAAAAAAAGGGCUUUUUUUUUGGGCUUCCUCCUUUUUCGCCCUAUUUUGUGUUAGAUUAUAUAUGUGGGAUUGGUGUAUGAGCGCUUUUGCGAUCUGGGUUUCUUCAACUACAUGAGAUUUGAAUUGGGUCUGUCUUGUUGAAUUUAGAUCAUCGAAGAUCGGGCCGGGUCGUAUCGGAUCUGAUCUGGGCUUUCUCCCAGACAAGCUAUUUCUGUACAAAAGGAUAUCUAAUCUAAUCCAAUGAACGAGAAAAGUGAUUAAAACUCUCAUUAUCAUCA